GAGAUAUCUUUAGAGAGAGAGAGAGAGAGAGAGGGAAGGAGGAGGAGGAAGUACUGACGGUGGAAACGACGCUCCGCUAGCAACUUCCUAUCCGAGAUCACCUCGUUUCUGAGCCCGAGCUAGCCAGUCGCCGCGAUGGUGAUGCUGAGCCAGGACGCAGUCCGUAAUGUCAUUGGUCUCAUCGGCAAUGUCAUCUCCUUUGGUCUGUUCCUAUCACCCGUGCCGACCUUUGUACAAAUAAUCAAGAAAAAGGCGGUGGAGCAAUUCUCCCCUAUCCCCUACCUCGCAACUCUCCUCAACUGCAUGAUGUGGUUUUUGUACGGGCUCCCCAUCGUCCACCCCCACAGCAUCCUCGUCGUCACCAUCAACGGCAUUGGUCUCGUGAUCGAAUCCGCCUACCUCUCCAUCUUCUUCAUUUAUGCCACCCGAGAAGGCCGCCUGAAGGUGCUCAAGAUAUUGGCGGGAGAGCUGGCGUUCAUGGCGGUGGUGGUGGUGUCGGUGCUCUUGGCCGCGCACACGCACGAGAAGAGGUCGCUAAUCGUGGGGAUCCUCUGCAUCAUCUUCGGCACCUGCAUGUAUGCCUCGCCGCUUGCGGUCAUGAAACUGGUGAUCCAGACAAAGAGCGUCGAGUACAUGCCCUUCACUCUCUCUCUUGCUAGCUUCCUUAACGGCGUUUGCUGGACGACCUACUCCUGCCUCCCCUUCGACGUCAACCUAUUCAUUCCCAAUGGGUUGGGUGCCCUCUUCGGCUUCUUGCAACUGAUACUCUAUGCUUGUUACUUCAAAGCCACACCGAAGAAGGAUGCCAAGGCCGAGGUGGAGCUGCACAGUGCACGUGAUGUUUAACUCUCACCGUGGUCGUACGAGGCGAUCUCUGUCGACGCCUUCGAUGUUUUAUUUGCCGUCAUCUUUGUCUUCUCAUGUGGGUCGGAACGGUGUUUGAUGCAAUGAAGUAUAUCCUUUAUUA